AUGGGUCAGCACAACAACCUUUUCCGUGCCGCUAUAUGUCACAGUGGAACUGCAAUUCCAAUUGGCAAGCUAUUAUCUGAUGGCGCCGGCCAACAAGCUUUCGAUCGUAUUGCCAAGUUUGUACAGUGCGAAGAUGCAUCUGAUAAACUGGGUUGUUUAAGAAAGGCGCCUUUCAAAAGAAUUCUCAAGGCUUUGGGACUGUUUCCAGGAAUGCUUUCCUUGGGCGCGUUCCCUCCGACAUUUUCACCUGUAGUUGACGGUGAAUUUGUCACAGGAUCUAUCCAGAAUGCACUCAAAGCAGGAGAAUUUGCUAAAAUCUUUGUUAUCACUGGAGACGUUCUGGAUGAAGGCACAAUUUUGGCACUGGGAACGCUUCCUCUGCACACCAAAGAGGAGCUCAGGAGCUUCAUCACCAAGAAGUUCCAGAACCCAACACCCGAGCUUAUUGCAAAGAUACUCAAACUGUGGCCUUCUGAUCCCAAAUCAGGCUCACCCUUUGCCGCAGGGGAUAAGUACGCUCUCACGCCGGUCUACAAGAAGUAUUCAGCAAUGCUGGGUGAUAUAGGCUUCCAGGGCCUGAGGCGCCUAUUUCUUCGAUUGACCUCCCCAUACAUGCCCACUUGGAGCUAUAUUGAUCAAUCAAUGCAACAUGACCCUUUCAUUGGAGCAUUCCAUGGGUUGGACCUGCUUGCACUACUUGGAUUGGUCCCAGGUGGACAGAAAAAAGAGUAUCAGACCCGCUGGAUUGCCUUUGUAAACAACUUGAACCCAAACCACCCCGGACUUGCGGAGUGGCCUACUUAUGAUAAAGGGACCCAAAAUUUGGUCAUUGAUAAACACGGCGCCGAUGGCGCUGCACUCGACGACUUUCGCUCAGAAGCCAUCGAGUUUUACUUAUCCAACCUUGAUGCCUUGACCCCCAAAUCCCAAUAA